CGCUGUGUGUGAGUCGCUCUCUGCCUCACGAUGCCGCCGAAGACUAAAGGCAAGAAGGCCGGGAAGGGGAGGUCCUCCGCGGUGGUGGACGGUCUUCCGACGGAGGAGAUGUCCAAGGACCAGCUGGAGGAGCACAUCAUUCGCCUCCGGGAGGAGCUGGACCGAGAGCGGGAGGAGAGGAGCUACUUCCAGCUGGAGCGGGACAAGAUCCAGGCAUUCUGGGAAAUCUCCAAGAGGAACCUGGAGGAGACAAAGGCCGAGCUGAGGAACAGAAGCAGGGAGAGAGAGGAGGCGGAGGAGCGCCACCGAGUGGAGAUCACUGUGUACAAGCAGAAGCUGAAGCACGUCCUGUUCGAACACCACAACGCCGUCUCCGAGCUGAAGACGGACGGCGUGGCCUCCGCCUCGCUGAUCCAGAACCAGCACACCCGGUCAGAGCUGGAGCUGCAGAGGGACGUGCAGGGUCUGGAGGCGGAGCUCCGUGAGAAGAAGCUCCACAACGACAACUGCAUCAAGGAGCUCAAACUGAAACACCAGGUGGAGCUGAUGGAGCUGACCAACGACUACGACCGGCGAAUCAGAGAAAUUGAGGUCAAAUAUCACACGGUGACGCAGUCGAUGGCGGAGGCGGAGGGGAAGAAGCGGAGGGCGGAGGUCAACGAGCUGGAGGACAGAAUGAAAAGCCGCGUGGUGACUCUGAUGGAGGAUCAUGACCGAGCUCUGAGAGGAGCCGAGGAGUAUUACUCAGCUGUUCAGACCAAGCUGCUGACGGAUCAGAGGGCGCUGAAGGACGAACUCGCAGAGGUUCAGAAGCAGGAGGCGCGAGCAGACAGAGAUCUGUCGGCCGCUCAGCAGGAGAACAAACGUCUGCGAGAGUCUCUGCAGGAGGCCGAGCGCAAGCUGCCCGAGCUCCAGAAGCAGCUGCAGGACUACAACCAGGCCAAGGCCAAGAUGGUGACGAGCCGAGCUCAGGUGAAGGUCGCUGAGCAGGAGCUGAGGGAUCUGAGCGUGGAGCACGAGCUGCUGCUGCAGGCCUUUGAAAAGGUUCAGCAGGAGCGCGACGAGCUGCUGAGGAAGCAGGCGGAGGCCGUCGUGGAGGUGCAGCGGAGGAGCGGACUGAAGGAGCUGCUGCUGGAGAGGAAGCUGGCGGCGCUGACCGAGACUCUGGAGAAGAAGGAGGCUCAGCUCUGCGCCGCGCUCGCCGCCACCCAGCAACCCGCCGCCAGCAGCGCCGCAAACAAACUGGAGGAACUCCUGGAGCGUAAACAGGUGAACAUCAGCGCCUUACAGGAGGACCUGGCUCGAGAGUGUCAGGAGUACGACCAGCUGCUGCACACCUGUACGGAGAGGAUGAAGGCUCUGGGCGUCCCUCAGCACGACUUCCCCUUCAGACCCGCAGAGCAGAUCCUGAACAGACUGACCCCCCAACCCUGA